CUUUUCUCCCGAAGUUCAAGUUGUGAGGAAAUGAAAUUAAAAACAAUGUACAAAGCCAAACGGCAAAUAUUGCACCACAAGCAGAACAAAAAGCAGUACCAUUAGCUGACCGAAAAUAUCAAAUCGUGUGCCUACCUAACCCCUAGCCGAUGAAUUUCCAUCACGAAGCAUGUUGCAGAUAGCGCCAGAUAGUUCGUCUAGUUCUAGUUCUUCUUCUAGUGCCCCCUUCAUUCCACCCAAGAACUCGACUGCACUUGAAAAUAACAAGACCAUUUGGUACCCACCCUAUGCUGACACAACCGACCUCCUGGCGGCGAGUCAGAAGGAUGAGCAGUACCGGGAGAGAUUCCGGGCGAGGUUCGCCCAGUUCGCGGAGACCCUUUUUGGCAGCCAAACGUGCCACCGGUACCGCGCCGUCCUGCCGCGCGUCGCCAACGCGCUUGCGGAUUUUCUCCUCCUGGCCGGACCGCGCACCCUCGGGGAAGAGUACGCGGACCUGGCGCCAGUGGUUGCGCGGCAUAUUACGGUUUCCGGGAACUACCGACAUCAGCUUCAGCAGGGGCAGAGAGAAGUACUAGAACCGGAAAUAGUCGGGCCUGGGUCGCCAGUGAAUGAAACAGGAAAGCCUAGCGGUAGUGGCUGGCCUCCAGAUAAUUAUCUCUUUCGGGCGGAGCGCGUGCCAGGAUUUCUUUCCCGGGUGUUUCUCUCAGGAUUGCAAGUUGCGACGAACCAACUUCUACCUGCUGUACUGGGCGCAUCAAGACUCUCGCCGAGGACAAGUCAAUUCCUCAAUGACGCACUUCAACUGGCGCUGACGCUGAACCGUGCAUCCUUCUUUCUUGUCGGGAUGUACGAAAGUCUGCCGCACCGGCUACUCGGCUGGCGGCGGCGCUCGCUUGGAUACGAGGAACGGCGGGGAAGGACAGCAGCGGAUAAGAAUGAUGUUAAUAAGCCGACAACGAUGGUCCAGCGGUACUUUUACGCACUUAGCGCGCUGUGUGUCGUGCAGGUAGCGCUGUACCUACGUCGGCUGUACAAGAACGCGCCGCCGAUGCAUGAGGUGCUUGUUCCGCGAGUGAUCCUGGAGAUGAAGCGACGAAUAGGAGAUAUUGUGCUUUCAAGACAUCCGACAAAAAGUGGUCCCCGGGUUAGCUUCAGCGAAGGAAAAGAAGACGAAGUAGACAGACAGAGCAGGAUGUUGUCUGCUGAAACCAGCAUCAUCCAUGCAAAAGGUUCGAAGCCACCAGCUAAUUCUACGUCACAAUCACGUUCUAGCAGCGAAAGGAAUGAUCGUCAACCAGCGAUAGAUGCUCCUGCGGCAGGCGGACUAGAUCUGCAUGAAAUGAACGGCAGCACUUCUUCUACAGUAGAGAAAUUUGAACGAAACACUACUGCAGCACCAGGACUGCUGCGAAGAGAAGAACUGCGCAAGAAACCGUCCCUACCACCACGAACGGCGCGGCCGGGCGGCAUCGAUUGCAACAUUUGUUUUGGCGAAAUCCGAGCACCGACGUCCGUUAAGUGUGGACACGUGUUAUUCGAGGAGAAUUAUACUGCGUCAUUGGUGUACACUGGAUGUCGAUGUAGUACCAUUCUGUAUACAUUUAUUUGAUGGAGGCUCGCGCUUUUGCAGACAGAAGAAAACUGCUCGACGAAGAAAUAGAGUAAGUAUCUAUAGGGCCAAAUUGCUUGUCAUGGCACGCCUUUGCGGGAAGCUGGUUGUAGUUCACAAACGCGGCCCAGCUGUUGAAGGCAAACAGAAAACAGUAAUUUUUGUCAUGCCUAUGCGAAACCAUAACCAAGAAGGCGGGGCAGCACGCGCAAGGUCCAAUAACUACAAGGCAAAAUAACAACUACAGUCCUCUGACUUGCAGUUUUUUUUCCCGCCGAUGCGCUUUCUGCUGGGAUUGUGCCUAUUCGUGGGUGAGUGCGAACCGGAGUUGUCCGCCCCAGCCCAAUUUUCAAAAAUUUCAUUGCGCGAGAUCUUUUCGCACGGAAAGCAUGCCCCGUUUGUCGCUGCUGCGUCUCGGUAUUCUUCUCCGCGAGAUCGACUCCCAUUAUUGACUUCGUGGCGACUUGUACGCCCCAACCCGCGCAGCUUGGAAAGGCAGUUUCCCGCCCGGCGCGCAGUGUGAAAUGGGGCCAGUCCAGGACUGGCCUUGAAUUAAUGAUAGCGCCCCAGAGGCUCGGGGACCCCGUGUCAUGUUUUUUCGCCUCUUUUGCCCUCUCCGACCGACCACUUGGCGCAGUGCCCGUUCGGCCUGGGGCGGACUUUUCUGGGAGAGGCCAAUCCCGACCUGAGUACCCCGAUCAAGAAAAGUCCGCCCCAGGGUCGACGGGUACCAGAUUCGGCCUCCUUGUUCGUCCUGGGGCGGACUUUUCUGGAAAACAUUGUGAAGCAUUCACGCACAAAUAUACGACGGCCAGGAAAGUCGGCGCCCAAAAGUGCGCCACACCAUGCGCAUUCGCCAAAUAGGAGCGCAAGGAUAUGGCGCGGCGCGACGCUUGGCCCCUGCCCAGGCAGGCGGAGCGCCCGAAGCGCGCCCCCGCAUUCAGCGACCACUGGCUUGGUCGCGUUCCCGAUUGUCUCCUCUAACCGGGACUACUAAAGCCACAUAUUGAAAUUUUUGAAAAUUGGGCUGGGGCGGACUUUUCCGCCUCGUAGUGAGUGCGAACCGGAGUUGUCCGCUGUGCCGUGCGCCGUGUGACGUCCAGUCCCUCUGGCCGGUGUGGCAUCAUGACCUGUCGAAGGCUGAGGUGGGUGGCUGAAGUGUAGAAUGACGCGGACAAUGAGUAUGGCCAAUAAAAAAGAGGACAUCUGCAUCGAGGACAUUUCUUACUCGCUAUAGGAUGCUUGAGUUUAGAGCACAAUUAUGCACGGAACCUGAGCAACAGCAAUUCGAG